AUGGGGCUUCCGGAGGAGCGGGGUCGCGGCGGGCCCGGCGCGGGCGGCCGGCAGGAGCCGGGCGGCAGCCCUCAGGCGUGCAGUUGGGCUCCGCCGCCGGAGAUCAGCCGUCUGGCGCAUGUGUCCUCGCUGCAGCGCUACCGAGAGCUGCACCGGCGCUCUGUGGAGGAGCCGCGGGAGUUUUGGGGAGACAUUGCUAAGGAAUUUUAUUGGAAGACCCCAUGCUCUGGCCCAUUCCUCCAGUACAACUUUGAUGUAACUAAAGGGAAAAUCUUCAUUGAGUGGAUGAAAGGAGCAACUACCAACAUCUGCUACAAUGUACUGGAUCGGAAUGUCCACGAGAAAAAACUUGGAGAUAAAGUUGCCUUUUACUGGGAGGGCAAUGAACCAGAGGAGACUACCCAGAUCACAUACAGUGAGCUUCUGGCCCAAGUUUGUCAGUUCAGCAAUGUUCUUAGAAAACAGGGUAUUCGGAAGGGUGAUCGAGUGGCCAUUUACAUGCCUAUGAUCCCAGAGCUUGUGAUGGCCAUGCUGGCAUGUGCCCGCCUUGGAGCUCUGCACUCCAUUGUGUUUGCAGGCUUCUCUGCAGAGUCUCUGUGUGAACGGAUCCUGGAUUCCAGUUGUAGCCUUCUCAUCACUGCUGAUGCCUUCUACAGGGGAGAAAAGCUUGUGAACCUGAAGGACCUGGUUGAUGAGGCCCUGGAGAAGUGUCAGGAAAAGGAUUUCCCAGUGAGAUGCUGCAUUGUUGUCAAGCACCUUGGGCGUGCUGAGCUGGGCACAGGAGACUCUCCCAGCCAGGCCCCUCCAAUUAAGAGACCAUGCCCAGAAGUGCAGAUAUCCUGGAAUAAGGAGGUUGACCUGUGGUGGCACGAACUCAUGAAAGAAGCUGGGAGUGAGUGUGAGCCUGAGUGGUGUGAUGCAGAGGACCCACUCUUCAUUCUUUAUACCAGUGGCUCCACAGGCAAACCUAAGGGUGUGGUGCAUACAGUUGGAGGCUACAUGCUUUACGUAGCUACAACUUUCAAGUACGUGUUUGACUUCCAUGCAGAGGAUGUGUUCUGGUGCACAGCAGACAUUGGAUGGAUCACCGGCCAUUCCUAUGUGACCUAUGGGCCAAUGGCCAAUGGUGCCACUAGUGUUUUGUUUGAGGGCAUCCCAACAUAUCCAGAUGUGAGCCGUCUGUGGAGCAUUGUGGAUAAAUACAAGGUGACCAAGUUCUACACUGCACCAACUGCUAUUCGCCUGCUCAUGAAGUUUGGAGAUGAGCCUGUUACCAAGUAUAGCCGGGCCUCCUUACAGGUGCUUGGUACAGUGGGCGAACCCAUAAAUCCUGAGGCCUGGCUGUGGUACCACCGGGUAGUAGGUGCUCGGCGCUGCCCCAUCGUGGACACCUUCUGGCAGACAGAAACAGGUGGCCACAUGCUGACCCCCCUCCCUGGUGCUACACCCAUGAAGCCUGGCUCUGCUACAUUCCCGUUCUUUGGUGUAGCCCCUGCAAUCCUGAAUGAGUCUGGGGAAGAACUGGAAGGUGAAGCUGAAGGUUAUCUGGUGUUCAAGCAGCCCUGGCCAGGUAUCAUGCGUACAGUCUAUGGGAACCAUGAACGCUUUGAGAUCACCUACUUUAAGAAGUUUCCUGGAUACUAUGUGACAGGAGAUGGCUGUCGCCGGGACCAAGAUGGCUACUACUGGAUCACAGGCAGAAUCGAUGACAUGCUGAAUGUGUCUGGGCAUCUACUGAGCACGGCAGAGGUGGAGUCAGCACUCGUGGAACAUGAAGCUGUUGCAGAGGCGGCUGUGGUGGGCCACCCACAUUCUGUAAAGGGAGAAUGUCUCUACUGCUUUGUCACCCUGCGUGAUGGCCACACCUUCAGUACUACCCUCACGGAGGAGCUGAAGAAGCAGAUUAGAGAAAAGAUUGGUCCCAUUGCCACGCCGGAUUACAUCCAGAAUGCACCUGGUUUGCCUAAAACCCGCUCAGGGAAAAUCAUGAGGAGGGUGCUUCGGAAGAUUGCUCAGAAUGACCACAACCUGGGGGACACAUCUACCGUGGCUGACCCAGCCGUCAUCAACCAGCUCUUCAGCCACCGCUGCCAGACUACCUAAUGAACAAGACCUAGCUUUUUACCCAGGGUCCCCGUCUGGCCCUCCAAAACGUAGCUCACUCUCCCUAUCUGUAACCUGGAGUGCUAAGGGCCACUGCUGACCCCCAACACCUCCCUCGACCAGCUGAAUGAAUCGUAGGACCAGCUUUGUCCCUGGGUGGUAGCAACUUCCUGUGACUGCCAGACAGAUGGGGCAGGGCAAGGGUCAACCUCAGGUUUCUGUGUCCCCUGUCCUGCCUCCCCCCCACACACCGCAAAGAGCCUUUAAGAGUCCAGAAGAACCUGAAGGUCAUGCACUCAAGUUUAGUGUUUAGAGGGCAUGCAAAGACCUGGGUGAGGAGUGGCAGGUGUGGGAAUCCCACACCAGCUUUCUCAGGAAGCACUGGACCUAACUUGGGCAGGCACUUGCCUUUAGCAUGCCUACUUGUGAGUCCUAGAAUAAUUGAUUAUUACAUUUUAAAAACAUACUGUUGCUUCCCUUCUGGAUCUGAAUUCCCUUGUGUGCCAGGUGGCAAUGCUGUGUGCCCAUUUGCACUAGGGGCUGUGUGGGCAGCCUUCGUCUCCAGAGGAUUUUCAGGUCAUCUGCUUCUUUGCAGGCAAUAUGUUUCAUUGCUAAGGCCAGAGAAGCUUGUUUUCCUUGUCCUGUGUUCCUACAUGUCCCAGAUUAAAGUCCUGCCCAUAAGAAACAUUCAGAUGAAACUCUUCUUUCUGAUCCUGGUUAUAGGAAUAAAGUCUGUGAUCUCAGAAAAA